AACGGUAUAAAUGAAGGCAUUGAGGGAGAGGGAGAGACGCCUUCCUCAUUGUCGUCCUUGAUUUUCUUGGGAGACUCAACACUCAUACAUUGAAUGAGUGUCUCCACUAUUCUCUGAUUCUUUUCUGGUUCUUCUUUCAUCUCUUCAUCUCCUUCAUUGUUGUACUGCGUCCCUCUGCUGCCAGAUAUGGGAGGCGACAAAUCCAUCAGUCUCGAAGAAAUUAAGAAUGAAACUGUUGAUCUGGAGAAAAUUCCCAUUGAGGAAGUGUUUGAGCAACUGAAAUGCACCAAAGAAGGGUUAACCUCCCAGGAGGGAGAGGCCAGGGUGCAGAUCUUUGGACCCAACAAACUAGAAGAGAAAAAGGAAAGCAAAUUUCUCAAGUUUCUGGGGUUUAUGUGGAACCCCUUGUCAUGGGUCAUGGAAGCUGCAGCCCUAAUGGCAAUUGUCCUCGCAAAUGGAGAUGGGCAGCCCCCGGAUUGGCAGGACUUUGUUGGUAUCGUCUGCCUGCUGGUGAUCAACUCAACUAUCAGUUUCAUUGAAGAAAACAAUGCUGGCAAUGCAGCUGCUGCCCUCAUGGCUGGUCUUGCUCCCAAAACCAAGGUGCUUAGGGAUGGGCGAUGGAGCGAGCAGGAUGCUGCAAUUCUGGUCCCUGGAGACAUUAUUAGCAUCAAGUUGGGUGACAUCAUCCCUGCUGAUGCUCGUCUUCUUGAGGGUGAUCCUCUGAAGGUUGAUCAGUCUGCACUCACAGGGGAGUCCCUUCCAGUGACAAAGCAUCCUUCUGAUGAAGUUUUCUCGGGUUCUACUUGCAAGCAAGGUGAGAUUGAAGCUGUGGUCAUUGCUACUGGUGUCCAUACCUUCUUUGGAAAGGCUGCACAUCUUGUGGACAGCACCAACCAAGUUGGGCACUUCCAGAAAGUGCUUACUGCUAUUGGUAACUUCUGUAUAUGCUCCAUUGCGGUUGGAAUGCUGGUUGAAAUUAUUGUCAUGUACCCGAUUCAGCACAGGAAGUACAGGGAUGGAAUUGACAAUCUGUUGGUUCUAUUGAUUGGAGGCAUUCCUAUUGCCAUGCCCACUGUUUUGUCAGUGACAAUGGCUAUUGGAUCACACAGACUGUCUCAGCAGGGUGCCAUCACCAAGAGAAUGACUGCUAUUGAAGAGAUGGCUGGUAUGGAUGUUCUCUGCAGUGACAAGACUGGGACCCUUACUCUUAACAAGCUGAGCGUGGACAGAAACUUGGUUGAGGUUUUUGCAAAGGGUGUUGAUAAGGAACAUGUGCUCCUGCUUGCUGCAAGAGCUUCCAGGACUGAAAAUCAAGAUGCCAUUGAUGCUGCCAUUGUUGGGAUGCUUGCUGACCCGAAAGAGGCCCGAGCUGGUAUCAGAGAAGUGCACUUUCUUCCUUUCAAUCCAGUGGACAAGAGGACUGCUUUGACCUACAUUGAUGCUGAUGGCAAGUGGCACCGAGCAAGCAAAGGUGCUCCUGAACAGAUCUUAGAACUCUGCAAAUGCAAGGAAGACGUCAAGAAAAAGGCCCAUUCGAUCAUUGACAAGUUUGCUGAACGCGGGCUUCGCUCCUUGGCUGUUGGAAGACAGGAAGUUCCAGAGAAAAGUAAAGAAAGUCUGGGCAGUCCAUGGCAGUUUGUUGGUCUGUUGCCCCUGUUUGAUCCUCCAAGGCAUGACAGUGCAGAAACCAUCCGCAGAGCCCUCAAUCUUGGAGUCAAUGUCAAGAUGAUUACUGGUGACCAACUUGCCAUUGCCAAGGAGACGGGCCGCAGGCUUGGAAUGGGAACAAACAUGUACCCUUCUGCUUCUUUGCUUGGUCAGGACAAGGAUGCCUCCAUAGCCGCACUCCCAGUGGAAGAGUUGAUUGAGAAGGCUGAUGGAUUUGCCGGUGUAUUUCCAGAACACAAGUAUGAAAUUGUGAAGAAGUUGCAAGAGAGGAAGCACAUCUGUGGAAUGACUGGAGAUGGUGUCAAUGAUGCCCCUGCUCUGAAGAAGGCAGAUAUUGGAAUUGCUGUUGCUGAUGCUACUGAUGCUGCAAGAGGUGCAUCUGAUAUUGUGCUCACAGAGCCUGGGCUUAGUGUCAUCAUCAGUGCAGUGCUGACCAGCAGAGCCAUCUUCCAGAGGAUGAAGAAUUACACUAUUUAUGCAGUCUCCAUCACAAUUCGUAUUGUGUUCGGGUUCCUGUUCAUUGCUCUGAUAUGGAAAUUCGACUUCUCCCCCUUCAUGGUUUUGAUCAUUGCCAUUCUAAACGAUGGAACAAUCAUGACCAUCUCAAAAGAUCGUGUGAAGCCAUCUCCAUUGCCUGAUAGCUGGAAACUGAGAGAGAUUUUUGCUACUGGGGUUGUGCUUGGAGGAUACUUGGCUCUGAUGACUGUUAUAUUCUUCUGGGUGGUGAAGGAUACUGACUUUUUCCCGGACAAGUUUGGCGUGAAAUCUAUCAGAGACAGUCCUCAUGAAAUGAUGGCUGCUUUAUACCUUCAAGUGAGUGUUGUCAGUCAGGCACUGAUUUUCGUCACCCGUUCUCGCAGCUGGUCUUUCGUUGAGCGCCCAGGACUGCUGUUAGUCACCGCUUUCAUAAUUGCACAACUAGUGGCAACUCUGAUUGCUGUGUAUGCAAACUGGGGCUUUGCAAGGAUCAAAGGAAUGGGCUGGGGAUGGGCCGGUGUUGUCUGGAUUUACAGCGUUGUCUUCUAUGUCCCGCUUGACUUCAUAAAGUUCUUCAUUCGCUACGUCCUAAGUGGCAAGGCUUGGCUCAAUUUGCUUGAGAACAAGACUGCAUUCACAACAAAGAAAGAUUAUGGAAAAGAGGAAAGAGAAGCUCAAUGGGCUCUUGCUCAGAGGACUCUCCAUGGCCUUCAACCACCAGAAACCUCUAAUCUCUUCAGUGACAAGAACAGCUACAGAGAACUAUCUGAAAUAGCUGAGCAGGCCAAGAGGCGCGCUGAGGUUGCAAGGCUCCGGGAGCUGCAUACACUCAAGGGCCAUGUUGAGUCAGUGGUCAAGCUGAAGGGUCUGGACAUUGACACAAUCCAACAGCAUUACACAGUAUGAGAACCAGAUUAAAGGGGCUGCUGCUAUUGAACAAGAAAAACCCGAACCAAGAAGGGAAAGAAAGGCCUAACUAGUUAAGAACUUUGCUAGAUGGGGGAAGGAAUUUCUGUGCUAUAAGUUUCCCUCAUUUGCUUACCUUUUCAUUUUCUAUGUAUUUCUAGUGAGAAGAAGGGAUUGUGUUUAGCUUCUUCUUGCUUUGAUGUAAGAGCAAACUAUGGUAAAAUCACUAGUAUACAGUUUUCCUUGUUUCCUCUCCUGUAUCUAAUCUGAAUUCUCUGAGAUACCUCACACCUUUGAAUGGUGAUGAUCUAAUGAUCUCAAACAGAGUAUUGGGAUGUUUUCAUCUGAGAA